AUGGGUCGCCAAGCUAGUGUUGCACGAAAUGACCUCGAGCACAUGCUAUCUCACGAAGACGAGCAGCCAAAGGCCUUUCCAUUAUCACUUUCGGAAGACAUCACAGAUGGUUUCUCUGAGAAGCGUCAAAUUGGCAGCGGUGGGUUUGCGGUUGUUUAUAAGGGAAUGCUUGAGAAUGGGACCGUUGCUGUGAAGAAGCUAUUUGAAAGGCUUGAUAUUCCUGAUAAUAAAUUUAAUGAAGAGAUUCGUUGUUUGAUGAAGGUGAAGCACAAAAACAUAGUAAAUUUUUUUGGAUAUUGUGCUAACAUACAAGGCGAAAUGGUAGGCUAUGAUGGAGAUUUUGUCAUGGCAGAUGUACGUGAAAGGGGGUAUAUUGCACCAGAGUUUCAUAGUGGGGACAUAUACACGAUCACAUACAAGCCGGACAUAUAUAGUCUUGGUGUCAUAAUUAUAGAGAUGCUGACGGGAAAGAAGUGGUACCCAACAUAUCCUGAUGUUGAUAAUGUAGAAAGGACGUUGGAAAAUCUGGAUGAUUACACCAUCAACCCGCUUAUUAGGAUGAAUAAUGGGGCAGCUAAGAAACUUCGUGCGGCCAAGGAAUGUCUCAAUGAUAAUCCUCACAUCAUUUCAAUCGAAUCUGGUCCAUCUAUGUCUGCUGAGGAAUGUAACCUUCAAAACGCUCUCCAAUUCAUUAAGGAUGAUCCCGUGGGAGUGAUUGGAAUAUGGGGUCCAGGUGGAGUGGGAAAACACACCUUGUUUCGUAUUAAGAACGCACUUGAUGGAGACAUAACCUUCAAUCAUGUCAUACGAGUGACAGCUUCAAGGGGGUGUUCAGUGGAAAAGAUCCAAGCUGACAUUGCAUGCCAACUCAAUUUGAAGAAUGAUGUUAAUGCUAUUUUUGACUUCUUAAAGAAGUCAAACUUUCUUGUCUUGUUGGAUGACCCUUGGGACCAAAUUGAUCUGCAAGCAACUGGCAUACCAUAUCCCCUUGGAAGUACAAAACAUAUUCGGAGAAAAGUGGUGCUCACAACAAGAUCGAGAAAAGUUUGUGGUCAAAUGGAGGUGAGGAAAGAGUGCAAAGUAGCUUGCCUGCAAGAGGAUGAGGCAUGGCAGCUAUUCCAAGAUAAGGUCGGACACGAAACUCUAUCUUGUCCUCGCAUUGAAGCACUUGCAAGAGAACUUGUGCAGGAAAUGAAAGGCUUGCCAUUAGCUUUGAUAACGAUUGGAUGGGCAAUGUAUGGCAAAAUUGAUACGGCUGAGUGGGAAUAUGCCAUCCAACAUAUGAAACGGUCAUGUUGUGAUAGUGAUGACCUACUUGAUAUGGAAAGAGCCGUUUUCAGUCGGGUCAAGUUUAGUUUUGAUAGUUUACGAAACAACAGCUUGAGGUAUUGUUUCUUGACUUGUGCACUAUGGCCAGAGGAUGAGAUGAUUCCCAAAUUAAGGCCUCGUUCGCUUGCUCGAUGCUGGAUUGGCUUAGGCCUAGUGGAUGAGUCAGAUAUACAAAGUUGUUACACAAAAGCAUACAGUCUGAUGGGUGAACUUUCAGCUGCAUGUUUAUUAGAUGGUUGUGGAGAACUAUAUGAUUCUGUUAUAAUGCAUGAUGUGGUUUGUGACAUGGCUUUAUGGAUCUCUUGCGGCUGCGGGAAGAACAAUGGCAAAUGGUAUGUCCGCGCAGCAGUUGGUCCGAACGAAAAUUUCAGCAUCCCUUGGAGGCAAGUUGAAUGUGUCUCACUGAUGAAGAACCGUUUGUCGAAACUUACUCAUGUUGGCUCUAACCCUCGUCAUAUGAGGAUGUUAUGCCUUGGAAACAACAUGUUGCGUGAAAGCAUAAUAAUUGAAGUAAUUAAGAAAUUCACGUCACUGACAUAUCUAGAUUUGCACUCGAACGACCUGAAGGGAAUACCUGAAGAAUUAUGUUCCUUGGCAAAUUUGGAGUACCUGGAUUUGCCGGAUAAUGAUGGUAUAAAUGAAGUGCCUCUCUGCUUUGGAAACCUAAUUAAGCUCAAGUUCUUGUACCUAGAAUCAACUGGCAUUAUAAGGAUACCGGAGGGUGUCAUAUCUAGCCUUCAAGCAUUACAAGUAAUGGACUUCAGAACCUAUCAUUUAUGUCCAGUUGGUGUGGGCCUUCUUCGUAGAAUCCUUCGAGAGUUGGGCACCCUACGCCACUUGAAAGCAGUUGGUAUCAUUGCCAUGGGUUUUCCUCAGUAUAUAUCACUAAGGGGAAGCGACAAUCUCCCCGUCAGAUAUUUAAAUCUACGAAGACUUGAGACACGUGCCCUCUACUUCUCUAAAAUUCUAUCACAUGAGUUUGCACCAAGGACCUUGUAUGAACUGCGAAUUGACAUGUGCGCCAUGGAGGAAAUAAUAUUUGGACGCGAGUUGGCACAACCAUAUUGUUGCUUUCGUAUUCUCAAUCAGCUCAGUUUGGUACAUUUGGACGACUUGAAAGAGAUAACUUGGAUGGAAACAUCUCCAGCAUCUCUAUUUCCCAGGCUAGCUUGUUUGAAGGUGCAAUCCUGCGGAAAGCUAAACCACCUCUCCUGGGCCAUGUAUCUGCCUUGCCUCGAACAACUCGUGAUAGGUGGCUGUAAUGGGAUGCAACAAGCAUUUAUGAAGCCCCAUGGUGAUAACAAGUGCAGCGAACAAGAUAGUUUGAAAACAUUUUCCUGCCUCAAAUAUCUGAGAUUUUGGGGGUGCAAAUCACUCGUCAGUAUUGGGGAUCCUGAUGUGAUAUUCCCAUCCCUAGAGCGACUGGAGCUUCGUGAUUAUAGAGAAUUCUUCAGGCUUCCUUUCAAGACGGACAGCUUGCCACGAAAACUGAAGGUACUAAAGAUUUUUAGUAAGACCUGGGAAAGAUUGGAACUGGAAGAAGGUGUCAAAUCUUUCCUGCAACCCUGGCGACUCGGGGGCGAUCCCAUCUUUCGCCGCCCGCCUCCCCUCAUCCCCCUUCUGUCCCUCGCCGCCGCCGGAGAUGGCCGCCGGCAAAGCCCGGCGUGGACGCCGGGGAAGGUGGCGGCGGGGAUCUCGGCGCCCGGAUCGAUCUCGUCGGCCUGCGGGCCGGAGUAUCGCAUCGGUGGCCUGCGGAUCCUUGGGCGGCGGCCCUAUUGGCGAGGCGGCGGCGGCUGGAGACGUCUGCAGGCGACGCUGGCCAGCGUACUCGGCCGCACGGGUGGCGGGUCGCUGGUGGAACCCGGCCAUGGCGCGGUUCUCCGUUGCGUCUGA